GAAAGAAAUUAUGGAAGAAAAUAAUAGUUACUUAGCCUUAGAAAAUUUCCCGCUAGCGCGGGGAUGGACUACACUAUAUCGCCGGAGUUGAAGAGUUGAAGGCUAAUCGCCGGGAAUGGCGACGCCGUCAUCGUCUUCAUCAUCUUCAGUAAGGUCAUGGAGGACGGCGUUUCUGACUCUGAGAGACGAAUCCACCUCUUCUUCAACCUCAAUUUCCCAACUUCUUUACAACACCAUCUUCCCGCACUCGGACUCCUUAAUCGCCGCCGCACGCUACCUUCCUCCACCAGAAGUUUCAUCAGAUCUGCUGUUUCUCUUAGAAUUGGCUACUUCUGCUGCCGACUCCGCGCAAGACAUUGCCCUUACCUUCGCAGAUAUCAUACAUCUGAUCCACGGUAUUUCUUAUCAAGUUUCGCUUGAAUUUAGUUCUUCCUCUUGGAACCCGCUUCUUCGGUAUUUUGGAGAUGUGACCCAAAUCCUACUUGGAAAGCUUAAUUUUCCAGAAAAUUAUGCUCUAAUCAGGCCAGUCUUGGAAUCUUUGGAGAUUGUAAGACACGUUGUCUCUAUACAGCAGCGCAAGUUCUUACCAGCAGAAGAUAUUCAGCUCUCAAAGUUUUUGCUUUCUGUGAUUGCUGGCUCACAAUCGGCAAUAUUCCCCUCGUCAAAUUCAAUCAUUAGACAUGGUUGUACUGCUGAAGUGAAAAGUGUACCCAAAUGUAAUAGUUUAUGGGAUGUUCAGGCUGUAGCCUUUGAUCUACUUAGUCAGGCCAUCACAAGUCUGGGUUCAUAUUUUCCAGUUGAUGUUUGGAAGUCAACAAUUCAGGUCAUUCGAAAAUUGAUGGACUUUUUGGCAUCUACUAAUGUACUUGUUGAAGACAAGAUGAUGUCCAGGUACUAUCUGUCUCUUCUUAGAUGUCUUCAUUUGGUUAUAGCAGAACCCAAAUGCUCCCUUUCUGACCAUGUGUCAGCUUUUGUAGCAGCAUUGCGCAUGUUCUUUGCCUAUGGGUUUUCUAAUAGGCCCCUACUUGCUUGUUCAGUUGGUAAUCAAGGGAAAGAACCUAGUCUAACCAGUACCAAGUCCAGUUUGGAGGAUCCGAAAAAGGAAAAUUAUAGUCCAUAUAGGCCCCCACACAUGCGUAGAAGAGAAAAUUUAACUAAGAAGCAGGCCAGUGUUCAAAAUCCUCAGAGUUCAAUGGCUGUAGAGUAUCUUAACUGUGAUUCUAUAUCUUCAGAUUCUGAUCAUGACAGUGAUGGGCCCGGCAGAGAUGCUGACAUCAUUCAGAAUGGCAAAGUUCGGGUUGCUGCUAUUCUUUGUAUACAGGAUCUUUGCCAAGCUGACCCCAAAGCAUUCACCAGCCAAUGGACACUUCUUUUGCCAACUCGGGAUGUUCUGCUGCCAAGGAAAUUUGACGCAACUUUAAUGACAUGUCUUCUAUUUGAUCCUUCUCUGAAGGUCCAGAUAGCGUCUGCUGCAGCCCUGGUGGUUAUGUUGGAUAGGACUACUUCCAUUUCCUUGCAGAUUGCAGAAUACAGAGAUCCAGCUAAAUGUGGCUCCUUUAUGCCUCUUUCAAUUUCCCUUGGGCAGAUACUAAUGCAACUCCAUACAGGUGUUCUGUACUUGAUCCAACGUUCAACUCAUGGUAGAUUGCUGACAAUCUUGUUCAAGAUUCUUUUGCAUCUGAUAUCAUCUACUCCAUAUCCAAGGAUGCCUGAAGAGUUGUUGCUGAACAUGGUAAAAGCUUUACAAGCAACAAUUGAAGAGGGCUUUCCAUUCAGAAGUGAUCAAACUGACUUGCUGGCUGCAGCUAUCGGUUGCUUAAAUGUAGCCUUAUCUACUUCUCAGUCAUCACCUUAUGUAAAAGAGAUGCUUUCCAAACAAAUAUCCACAGCUCAAAAGGGAAACAGUGUUCUUGUCUUAUUACUUCAAUAUUCUGAGCAACUAACCAACCCAACCAUAUGCAUUGAGGCUCUUCAGGCCUUAAAAGCUGUAUCACACAAUUAUCCACAUAUCAUGUUUGCUUUCUGGGAACAAGUUUCCUCAGUUGUUUCCAACUUUCUUCAUGAAGCUGCUCCUGAAGUUUCUACGGGGCAGUGGAGGGUGCAUUCUAGAAAUAGUGUUGGAAUUAUUGGUGAAAAAGUUAUUACAGCUGCAGUCAAGGUUUUGGAUGAGUGUCUGCGAGCAAUAUCUGGGUUCAAAGGCACGGAGGAUCUUUUGGAUGAUAACCUACUUGAUUCUCCAUUUACUUUGGACUGCAUAAGAAUGAAGAAGGUCUCAUCAGCUCCAUCAUACGAAUUGAAGAAUUUAGAUGAAACUAUUGACAGUCCAGAGGAUGUCUGCGCAGGAAUAAAGCAGUGGUGUGAGGUGAUUGAGAAGCAUUUACCCAGGAGUUUGGUGCACACUUCUGCUAUGGUGAGAGCAGCAUCUGUUACAUGUUUCGCGGGUAUUACUUCCUCUGUUUUCUCCUCUCUCUCUAAAGAAAAGGAGGACUAUAUACUGUCUUCAGUGGUGAAUGCAGCCGUGCAUGAUGAGGUGCCUUCGGUGAGGUCAGCUGCUUGUCGUGCCAUUGGUGUCAUAUCAUGUUUCCCUCAAGUUUCCCAAAGUGCAGAGAUUCUUGACAAAUUCAUCCAUGCCGUUGAGAUCAAUACUUGUGAUUCUUUGGUUUCGGUAAGAGUUACAGCUUCUUGGGCAUUGGCAAAUAUAUGCGAGUCAAUCAGGCGCUUUUUUGAGGACUCUCCUUCAAGACAGCCCACAGAUUCGAUUGAACGUUCUCAUAUAUUAACACUAUUAACUGAGAGCAGUUUGCGUCUAGCAAAUGAUGGAGACAAGAUUAAAUCAAAUGCUGUCAGAGCUCUUGGAAAUCUUUCAAGGUUGAUAAAGUUUUCGUGUUUACUUUCCCCCUGUGAGAGGCCUAGAAGCAAUUCAGAGUUAUAUUCAGUGGCUAAUAACUCUGAGGAUCUCUUUUCAAAGGAUGAUUCAAAAGUAAAUCUUGGAUGCACUUCAAAAAAUCUCAGCGAUAAAAAUUCGUUCUACAGUUCAAGUUUUCUUGAGAGAAUAGUUCAGGCAUUUAUUUCUGGGAUCACAACUGGAAAUGUGAAGGUCCAGUGGAAUGUUUGUCAUGCAUUAAGCAACUUAUUUUUAAAUGAAACAUUGAGACUGCAGGAUAUAGACAGGGUGUCAUCACUUUUCAAUAUUCUUUUGCUGCUAUUACGUGAUUCCUCUAAUUUUAAGGUGAGGAUACAAGCUGCUGCUGCUUUAUCUGUGCCAGCUUCAGUGUAUGGCUAUGGGAAGUCUUUUCCGGAUGUAGUCCAAGGUCUGGAGCACACAAUUGAGAACCUAGAAUCAAAUCAUAAUCUUGCUCCGAGUUUCAAGUAUAAGGUUGCACUUGAGAAGCAGCUGAUUUCAACCAUGUUACAUGUUUUAAGUCUUGCGGCCAGCACUGACCAUCAACCGCUGAAAGAUUUUCUGGUCAAAAAAGCAACAUUUCUUGAGGAAUGGUUCAAGAAACUUUGUUCAUCGGUUGGAGAGAGAAGCAAUUGGCGUGGUGAUAGUGAAGACAAUUCCACCAACAAUCAAAAGAGAGAAAUGAUAUUGAAAGCUUUACGGUCACUAAUUGAAGUGUAUACAAACAGCAAUCAAAGUGCAAUUUCUCAGAGAUUUGAGAACUUGGUAAAAGGGAUUCACUAGAUUCCUUCACUUUUCUUGUUACAUUAUUCUACCAAUUUGAAAGAGUUCUACCCAGAUUUCAGAUAUGUUCCCGUAGAGAUGCAAUCCCCUCUGAUGAAAUUAACGGGAAAUGAUAGACUGAUGUUCGACCGGGAUAAGCCCAAGAAAUGCACUUAAAGAUGUUAUAUAAGUGAAAGUUUCAAGGUGUGAUCGACACGAGCCAUGGCUAGAUCUGGUUCUUGUUGAUUGGAAAUGGAAAAUGGAUUGGCCAGGGCCAGAGGUACUCUGCCGCGAAAAUUUGGUGGCUAUGCACAUGGAGAUCGGGGAAACUUAUCCUUCUCAGCAAGUUGAAAGAGAGUGUUUAUUUUUCAUAUACGACAAACAGUAAGUGGGUUCGUUUGCAAAGGUUUGAGCUCAAUCGGUAAUAAUCCCCUCCUCCUCUCAUUCCUUUCUCAACUUGCCAUUGGAAAAUCCUCAUUUUUUGAGCUCAUCAAGUCAAUUUAUUGUAGUUAAUGUUGUAGUGCAGAGCUUCUUUACUAUUGGUCUAUUUAUUAUGUAUAGGGUGAGUGAAUUUUGUUUUGUGUCUUUCAUUUUGUAAUAAAUUAUGGACAAUUUAAUUAUUUAUAAUGUAGGUAAGAUUUCUUUUUUGUUUAA